AUCCCCGUCUCCAACAGCAAUAGAGAUAUAUAUAUAUUUAUAUAUAUACUGAAGCCUACACAUUCCAUACAUCGCACCGUUCCAACCAAGAACCAAAAGUUGAAGAAAGAAAAAAACCGCCAUGACGACCGAAACAGCCCCCUCGUCGUCCAAAAAACCCUACACCGGCAGCUGCCACUGCGGCUUCGUCAAAUACACCGUGAAUCUCGACAUCCACAAACUCACCCCCAGCCGCUGCAACUGCAGCAUCUGCCUCAAAAACGGCUCGGUAUCCAUCCGAGCCGAGGCAGAGGAGGACAUCACGCUCCUCGAGCCGGCCUCCCUUGACGAGCUGGCAGAGUACAGCUUCGGCCCGAAGAGGGUGCGCCACUACUUCUGCAAGACGUGUGGGGUCUCCUGUUUUAUUUUCGGGAGCCAUGGGGACUUGCGCCUUUGGAUUGUGAAUGGGUUGACGAUCGAUACGGAUCAGGGGAUUGAUUGGAGCAAGAUUCGGUUGCAGUACUGGAAUGGGAGGGACGAAGACUGGGCCAAGGGGCCGAAAAACGAGCCAUAUCCGAAUGGGAGUUGGUGAUGUUGUGUUUUUUGCAUUUUCAUUUCGUUCUACUACUAGGAUUUGAUCGGAUGGGGUAUUGGGUGUGGAUAAGCGGGAUGGGAUCGGGGGUUACUAUUAUUUCCUCAGUUGCGCCCUGGUUCAAACCAGGGCCACUUGGGCAUCUGAAAACGUGUGCAAGAAGGAUAUGUACUCUCAUUAAUGUGGAUUUUUGAGUGCGUUGUUAUUCUGGCAUGUGUCAACGAGAUAAUAAGUUCAACAACUUUAUGACGCGAUA